AUGGCUUCCUCAGACCCCGAAAAACACAUCUCUCACUCUCCAGCUACAUCCGACCAAGACAUCUCCCCAGCUUUGCGAUCCCACGUCGAUGAUGAGUAUCAGACCUACAAAAAUGCCCGCGAAAUCGAAGCUGAUCCCGCCGAACUCAAGCGGGUGCUGAGGAAGAUCGAUUACAGGAUCGUUCCUAUUCUAUUUGUAACAUACAUGUUACAGUAUCUAGACAAGAACUCCAUCAACUUUGCCAGUGUGUAUGGGCUGCAAAAGGGAACGCAUUUACACGGCGAGCAGUAUUCUUGGCUUGCCUCAAUUUUCUACUUUGGCUACAUGGGCGCUCAGUUCCCAGCUGGCUACUUCCUCCAGCGCCUCCCCAUAGGAAAAUUCCUGUCGCUAUCUACUAUAGUAUGGGGCAUAAUUCUCAUCACAACCCCAGCGUGCAGCUCCUUCGCCGGGAUAGCAACAAACCGCUUCCUGCUCGGCGCCUGCGAGGCAAUCGUCAACCCGGGCUUCGUGCUCGUUAUGUCUAUAUGGUAUUCUUCCGCCGAGCAGCCGCUCCGCCUAGAGAUAUACUACUGCACCAACGGCAUCGCGACCAUGUUCGGCGGCCUCAUUGGCUACGCUGUAGGCCACAUCACUACCGGACUGCCGCAAUGGAUGUAUGUCUUUCUGAUCUUCGGCAGCGUCUCCAUCUUCUGGGGAAUCGUCUCUCUCAUCGUCCUCCCCGACCUCCCCUCCACCGCCAAAUUCCUCACCGAGCACGAACGCCUCAUCGCCGUCAACAGAGUAGCUGCGAACCGGCAAGGAGUCAAGAACAGGCAUUUCUCCAAAUACCAAGCUAUUCAAACAGCGAAAGAUCCCAAGACAUAUAUCCUAUUCAUCAUGGCCGUUGGCGCUCAAGUCCCUAAUGCCGCGCUUACCUCGUUCACGUCCAUUAUUGUGAAGAGCUUCAAUUUCGACACCCUGGCAACGCAGUACCUGCAAAUCCCAGGCGGAGCCGUACAAUUCCUCGCCCUAAUCGCAGGCGGCAUCAUCUGUACUCGCUACCCGCGCAAUUCCCGCUGUAUAACCAUGAUUGUCGCAAACUGCAUCUGCAUCCUAGGUGCGGGACUCUUAGUCGGACUCCCGACCUCGAAUAAAUGGGGCAGGCUCGUGGCGCUGUGGUUGUGUUUUUUCCAAGGGCUGGGCUUCAGUCUUAGUUUGACCAUGGUGAGUAGUAAUGUGGCGGGGUAUACCAAGAAGCAGUUGACGGGUGCGGUGUUGUUCACCGGGUAUUGUGUGGGGAAUAUUAUUGGGCCGCAGACUUUCAAGGAUAGUGAGAAAAAUUCUGGAUAUCACAGCGCCUACAUAGCCAUGCUCGUCGGCUAUAGCGUCAAGCUCCUUAUGGUGGUCAUCCUCUACAUCUACAUGUACAGCGUCAACAAAGCGAGGGACAAAGCACAUACUGAGCGUGGGGAGCUGAGCGAAGAGGAGGAACGUGAAGCCGUGGAGAAGGGUAUGCUGGACGUUACGGAGAUUGAUAAUCCAGGGUUCAGAACAUCAAAAGAUGAGGCGAGUUGA